GCGCUCCAAGCCAUAAGUCGCUGAUAUUUCAACAAAAAAACAUUCCCCGAGAACUGUGCCAAGAUGAUGCAGAUCAAGUACUUGUUCGCCCUCUUCGCCGUCCUGAUGCUGGUGGUCCUGGGAUCCCAGCAAGCCGAUGCCGACUGUCUGUCCGGAAAAUAUAGGGGUCCCUGUGCCGUCUGGGACAAUGAGACCUGCCGUCGAGUGUGCAGGGAGGAAGGACGAGGCACUGGACACUGCAGCCCCAGCCUCAAGUGCUGGUGCGAAGGAUGUUAAGUCCUCAGUAAUAUUCUAUAAAAUCCCUUCAGCAACACAAUAUUAUACCCUGCAAUUAUGAACGCCUAAUAAAAAACCCAGUGUACAUUAA